UGUAUAUUGUAUUUAUUUAUGCAAAUGGCUGCUAAUAUUGUUGCGGUAGCUGCUGCUACCCAAGAAGUGGAUCCAAUAUUGAAGAAAUCAGUGAAACUAUUGCAUUCCAGCAAUCCGAGCUCUGCGGCUGAGCUACGCCUGUUGCUGGAUGAAAUGCUAAAGGUGCGCUAUGGGCCGGAAAAGAUUUUGUCAAAGAACAUGACACAGCGCAUGCUGGAUGAUGAGUCCAACUUUCCAGGACGCGCUACACCGCAACCGCAGCCUGCACAAACGCUGGCCAGCGAUGAGAUUAUCAAUCUGACCAACUCACCAGAGAAAGUGCCUUCCGAUUCGCCAGACACCAUUGCCGACUCGGAUGACGGCAGCGGCGCUGCGCUUACCAUGAGCACUGUGCUUAAUACGGACACUGGAGACUUUGGCGACUUGAAUUGCUGUGUUUGUGGCGGCAUGGUAAUUACAGCCAACAAUCGACUGAUUGAAUGCUCCAAAUGCGGCGCAUUGUAUCAUCAAGAGUGCCACAAGCCGCCUAUAUCCAACGAGGAAGCUGCCGAUGAGCAACAAUCACAAAUCUGGCAAUGCGAUGCCUGUUGCAGCAAGCCUUCCACGAGUCGUGCCACUGUUCCCCUGCCCACUGUUAUCAUACCCGACGAACCAGUGCCUGUGCCGCCGGCCACCAAGACCAAAGCGGCAGUCCCGGUGCCCUCUUCACGUUCAUCUACAUCCUCCAAUUCCUCUUCGCCAUUUUACAAACCCGAGCCCGCCAGUUCGACAAGCGUGAGCAGCAGCAGCAAGCAUGGACACAAGUCAUCCUCAGCAUCAAGCAAGGCACACAAAGAGGAGCGCGCCAGCAAAUCUGUGGCACCGCCAAGCGCCGUUAGUGCACACGAGAAGCACAGCAGCAGUUCCUCAAGACGCAGCUCCCAUGCCAAGUCGAGUAGCAGCAAAAGCAGCUCGAAACAUCAUGAAAGCAGCAGUGGCAGCAAACGUCGCUCCAAAUAAAACUGCAACUUACUCUAUUAUACAUAAACAACUUUCAA